AUGUUCCUUUUGAAAGUCACUUUGUACGAAUUUGGUGUCAAAAGGGAUAUUAGUUAUUAUUCAAUUAACAAUAACUGGAUGAAUGUCGGUAAACGUACGGAGGAAAAUGAUUCAAAUGGUCAUCCAGUUAUUGUACAAAUUGUGCUUGCUGAAAUGAGUAUUGGAUUUCAGCAACAGUUGUUCAGUCAAGAUCAAGCUGGUAUUAGGCGUAAAAUUGCCAUUUGGUCGUUUAAUGGUUUUGUUUCAUCAUCUGAAGGUGUU